CUACGUUACACCCCCCUCGAAGAAAUCACAUCCAGCGCAAUGUUCUUUCCUUUCGGACAGAAGCCACCACCAUUGCCCCCGAAGGGGAAGCACAUUCGAAACAUCAUCGUCGCCCUACCGUUCUUCCUGGUCACAAGUUGGGUCUUGUACAGAAGAGUGGUUCUCGGUGAAGAGCGAAAGGUGAUGCCAGCCGACAAGCAUGUCUCGCCUCUCAACAUGGUGACGGGAUGGGAGGAGGUUCAGCAGGUGAAAGACGCGGAGAGGGCGGAGAGGGCGAAGAUUCCGAAGAUUCCGGAGAUACCUGAUUUGGAGUUGCCUGGGAUGAAAUAGGAGAGCCUAAUAAAAAUAUAUGAGCGGAUUUGUAACGGGAGGGAUGAUGUUUCGGUUUGAUUUUGAGCACUAACAAUAUGGGACAUGGCUGGCAUUGAUCACUUCGAUCACUUUACGUGGAUGGAUAUAUCAUCAACGUUAACGACGAUGAACGAAGGCAGUACUCUAC